GCCAAGAAGAGCAGCGCUGUGCGCUGGCCCGAAAGUAUCCGCUGAACAUGACAUGUCAUGCUCUAUUACUUUUUAUUUCAUUCAGUGGGCCGGUGGAACUCGAAGAAUUUUAUUAAGUACAAAUGAUCGUUAUUAGUAUUACGUUUGACCUGAUUCUGUCGCGGUGUAGGUAAUGCCAGUCUACAUGUCAGGUCUCCCCUCCUGUAUUGCAUAACUACACACGACCUGAAGAUUCGGUAUUUUGUUGUUUUUUCCCACGGGAAAAAAAACGGAAUUGUACACGGUUCAAGUUGGCAGGUGCAAGGCGGUGUGAGGCCACACCACCCUGCACACGGGUGCCAGGCAGAUGGAAACGAGCCAGGCCCUGCCAUCAGAUGUUGUGUGCUCGGGCCCAUGCUGACAAGAGCAGCCUCCUUCUGCCAGUGCUUUCUGAAUGCAAACAAGUGGGCUAGGCUUCAGCGCUUCCUCCGAGCUACAACAUAGCCACAAAGGCAGAUGGUCACGCCACUCAGCGACUGUGGUCAUCCAGAAAUAGUUAGAAAAUGUGCCCCUGUGUCAUGAUGCCUAGGUGAACUCCACGAGUCUCCCGACACACUCUUCCUCUCCCUGCCCCCGCUUUCUUCCCACUCUAACUCCACCCCCAAGACCAUCCUGUCCGUGUGGACGUGCGGGACGAGCUCAGAGGAGAAGAGCUCCAGCAUGUCCCAGAAGAUCUCCUCUCCGUCUCGCAGCAAUAGCAGCUCCUCCUCCAAACAUGACAGCCGUCAGGACAGCUGGGAGAUCGUGGAAGGGUUACGUGGGUGUGGAGGAAACAUUCAGGACCCUGAGAGGCAGGAAGGCUACAUGCUGAAGAAGAGGAAAUGGCCCAUGAAGGGAUGGCACAAGAGAUACUUUAUCUUGGAUAAGGGCAUUCUGAAGUAUGCCAAGAGCUCAACUGACAUUGAGAAGGGCAAACUGCAUGGCUGCAUCGACGUGGGCCUGUCCGUCAUGGCCAUUAAGAACAAGACCAAGUGCAUUGAUCUGGAUGCAGAGGAAAACAUCUAUCACUUGAAGAUUAAGUCUCAGGAGCUGUUUGACGAAUGGGUCUCCAAGCUGCGUCACCACCGGCUGUACCGGCAGAACGAGAUUUCCAUGUUUCCCCAGGAGAAAGCUCUCUUCAGCCCCCACUGCUCCCCGUCCUCCCCCGUCAUCUUUGCUGAAAGCCAGACUUCCAGAAAGCAUGCAUCUCUGUCUCUUAUGAAGCAGUCUUCCCUCCACUCGCCCAACUCCUUCCCCAUCCAGGCCAAGGUGGCUGCCUGGCUCCAGUCCUCUGAUGAUUUCGACAAGUGUUCCAAAGAGCUGUCUGAGUGUGAGACUCAGUUGCUGGAGCUGAAUCAUCUGCUGAGAAGCAUGGAGGUCCUGCACCGUACCUGCUCUGCGCCUGCCAUCAAUGCUCUGCAGGCAUCAACAUUUGACAGCCCUAAAAAAGAGAAAAGGCUUAUAAGGAAAUGGCGUCCCAAAAACUAUGGGAAAGAUAGCAAAGCCACCCUACAGGUUCCCAGCUGCAUCUCCUCCGGAUCCUUCCGCCUCCAUGCCUCCAAUCCCAAUCUUUCCUCCCAGGAUCUGGCCAUUGAGAAGAGCUAUCCAGAGGUCCUCGACAUUCCCAUAGAUGUGUCCAAACUGCAAGAAGAUUUCUGCCGCGUUGCCAACAACCUGCACAGCAGCAUGAAGAGCGCUCUGGGCUCCCUGACAGCAGAGAAGGACAGACUGAGACAGAUGCUGGAGCAGGAGACCAGUUCUGCAUCCUCCACACAGAUCGUGGGUCUGAAGAGUGCCCUGGCCUCCGCUCUAGCACAGAACUCUGAUCUGAGAGAGCGCCUCUGUAAAAUACACACAGAGUCGCAUAUCUCAGAGGCCACUGUCUUUAAAAAUGUCAGCACUGGCCCACUACAGGAGUCUGUGGACUGUGCCCGAUCCCUUGUCCACCAAACGUCCGAUGACAGCCAGACGUCCAUUACGGAGUCCAUGUCAGAGUUCUUUGAUGCACAGGAGGUCUUGGUGUCAGCCAGUUCUUCUGAGAAUGAACCUUCGGAUGACGAGUCAUACAUCAGCGAUGUCAGCGACGAUGCCUCCGUGGACAACUUCAACAAUGAAGUUCAGAACCAGAGGGUCUGCUCAGGUGGGCAUUUCACCGGGCUCGUCAAGAACGGCGCCCCCCAGGGGCGGCGGCGCGCCACGCUGCCCUCACCCUGCCCCAGCGCGAGCACCAUCAGCCUGUGGAACAUCCUGAAGAACAACAUAGGCAAGGACCUGUCCAAGGUAGCCAUGCCGGUGCAGCUGAACGAGCCACUCAACACGCUGCAGAGGCUGUGUGAGGAGCUGGAAUACAGCGAGCUGCUCGACCGCGCUGCGCUCACACAGGACCCGUUUGAGCGCAUGGUGUACAUCGCGACAUUCGCUGUGUCGGGCUAUGCUGCCAGUUAUUACCGAGCGGGAGGGAAGCCUUUCAACCCUCUGCUGGGGGAGACAUACGAGUGCGAGCGUCCAGAGAAAGGAUUCCGCUUCAUAGCGGAGCAGGUCAGCCAUCACCCGCCAAUCUCAGCAUGUCAUGCGGACUCUAAAAACUUCAUCUUCUGGCAAGAUAUGAGGUGGAAGAAUAAGUUCUGGGGGAAAUCCAUGGAGAUCGUGCCUGUUGGCACCACACAUGUGGUUCUCCCUGGCUUGGGCGACCACUAUGAGUGGAACAAAGUGACGUCGUGCAUACAUAACAUUAUGAGCGGCCAGCGUUGGAUUGAGCACUAUGGGGAGCUCUCCAUUAAGAACGCCAAGAGUAAUAUCUGCCAAUGUAAAGUCACCUUCAAGCAGGCGAAGUACUGGAACUCGAGUGUAAACGAGGUGGACGGCUCAGUACUGGACCAGAAGGGGAAAGUCAUUCACAAGCUGUUCGGGAAGUGGCACGAGAGCAUAUACUGGGGCAACCCUCCCACUGCUACGUGCGUCUGGAGAGCCAAUCCAAUGCCCCCGGAACAUGAGCAGUAUUACGGCUUCACCAAGUUUGCUCUUGAGCUGAAUGAACUGGACGCACAGACCAAACCACUACUGCCGCCCACAGACACCAGAUUACGCCUGGACCAAAGGUUACUGGAGGAGGGGAACGUGGAGGAAGCAGAAAUACAGAAGCAGAGGAUCGAGCAGAUGCAGAGAGACAGACGCAAGGUUCUCGAGGAGAACGACAUGGAACACGAGCCACGGUUCUUCCAGAAAUCAACAGAUGACACAUGGAUCAGCAACAACACAUACUGGGACUUAAGGAAAGAGCCAGGCUUCAGUAAUUUAGACUUCCCAGUGCUGUGGUGAGCAGGAGCUAACCAGCUCAUGCUGGUAGACCUCUACUGUCUGCUGCUAGUGGGGUGACUACUCACUGUUGCCUGCUCUUCUCUGCCCUGACCUACUUUCCGUAUGAAGAAAGAUCUUGCAGGCUUGAGGACCAACCAUACGGAGAGGAAACCUUGAUGAAGGCUAUUUUCUGCCUAAUUACAUAGAGACAAAAUGUGGAAGUAUAAGACUGUUUGUCACAUUGCUAUAUUCAAGCAUCUUUCAUUGUUUGAUAUUCCUUUUUAAAUGCCUUAAUAUGCUUUUAAUAUCUUUUGUAGUGUCUUUAUGGGGGCAUAUUUCUUGAUUGUCUAGAAAUUAUGCAAACAUGGCCCAGUUAAUUAUCUCUAAUCAUUACUGUGUGCAACUAGUAGCGCAAACAUACUUACAGAAAUAGCGUUGCAUAGUGUCCUCUUGUGAUGCAGUAUGGUACUGCAGACAGUUCACGCAUAUCUAAGUUCUACCCAAAACAAACAAAACGGAACUUGGAUGUGUGCAUCUGAAAUAUGCUGUUGUCUGAUCAAAGUUACAUUGUCUACCUCUUUGAAAGAGAUAGUAUGGAAACUUCCAUGCAAUUUUUGGGGUACAUGUUGCUAUCUGAAUUCCCCAGGUCUUAUGCCUUAUUCCAUUUUAAUCUGUCAUUAAUAUAAUCCUUAACCAUGUAUCAGUCAUGUUACAGCUUUAUCACGGUCCUGACUGUAUUGAAGGAUGCCUCUGAGAUCUGCUUUCCACCCAGAGCCCUGGUUCAAACACAUAUGGACUGAACACUGAUCAUGCUGCACUUGUGAGUCCUACUGAGUGUUUCAGCUUUUCACUGUUUGACCUGCGCUCUGUGUCCAGCUGUCCACGAAAACAUGCCGGCAAACAAGGUUGGGGUGGAGGGGUGUUGCGUAGACUGCUGCUGAGAUAUCUCUCCUUCAAUAAACCAUCAUCUCUGCAAA